GUAUGCAUGUACGUGUGACACUCUACGUAAUAUUUGUUCUGUAUUUCUCUUUUGUCCUGUCUAAGCCCGAAUCUCCAGUUACAAGAGGAAGAAUGCUGCUAACAAAAUCGGACAAAAACAAGGUGAGUUUUUGAUAUUCCGUCGAGAGAAACAUUUCGUUGCAUAACACACUCACAUUCACUGUCAUUCGCUGAGUUUCGUUGCAAGAAUUUGGCAAUGCCAAGCAAAAACAGUUACAUGGAUCUAAAGAACAACGCUGUCAAUAUCAAUGUCAAAACAGUCGUUGCCGUCACUACCCUCGUGACCGUCAUCUUUUCUGUCAACACGAGUUCAUGUGUGUAGACUACUCCGUGUAUCCGAAUGGCCAGUGUGACAAGUUCAUACGUUGCGUUGGCCACAGACCGAUCAUCAUGAAUUGUCCGAUAAACACGUUGUACAACGUCGUCCUAAGGGUCUGCGAUUGGCCCUACGCCGUCGUUUGUACGUCGCCAGCCUUCAGGACCAUCAGAACCAGCAGGGUUGUCACCGAUCACAUUACAGUUCCGACAUCCACGACAACGACGGAAACGUCCACAGCAACGGUAGACGACGGCUUCAGAGGGGUCAGUGACAAUGGCAUUACUGACAGCGGUGGUGGAGGUGGCAUUCACACUAGGACGACAUAUUGGCUGGUAUCAUCUUUGCUCUCUUCCUCGGCGAUACCACCUGUGCAUGUGACGACAGCAUCACCUGUGACAACGAUGGAAACAUUUCUAACGUCAAAGCUGUCAACUGAAAAAGAUGCCUCAAUCCAUUGUUCCGACUCGAUUGCCUGGAGACCAAUCGCAGACCGCGCUUCUCAUUGUGAAUAUUACUAUGUCUGUCAUUUUGGUCAGCUGUUACACGUUCCGUGCACACCCCCGCUCAUCUUCAAUGCCGUAUACAACAUCUGUGAUAAGAAAGAAAACACAGUGUGUUGAACGACCUCAACGAUGCUUAGACUCACACCUUCAGAGAAACUCUUUAUCUUUCCCUAUAUAUAUAUAUACUAGCAGUAUCGCCCGGCGUUGCUCGGGUUUGUAAGGGAAAUAACUAUAUAAGCAUUUUUAGUGAUGUAAAGUAUAAUAGCCAUCUCAAUAUGGCUAAC